AUGACGGCAGAAGUGCAGCAAACUCUGUCCUCUCAGCCCCCACCUCCUCCAGUACAAAGCAAUUACGGCCCUAUGUCCUCUGUGGCCGAGAAACAGCCGCAGAGCUCGGCCAUGGACACCACUUCCGGCAGCGCCCCGGUCAGCGGUGGUCCCAAAGGGAAGAAGACCAACGCGAGGGUCCGGUGGCCGGAGAAACCGCCUUACUCCUACAUUGCCCUCAUCAUUAUGGCCAUCCAGAGCUCACCCUCGAAACGCCUGACCCUCAGCGAGAUCUACCAGUUCUUGCAGAGCCGCUUCCCUUUCUUCCGCAGCUCCUACCAGGGCUGGAAAAACUCGGUGCGCCACAACCUCUCACUCAAUGAGUGCUUCAUCAAGUUGCCCAAGGGACUGGGAGGCCCAGGCAAGGGCCAUUACUGGACCAUCGACCCGGCCAGCGAGUUCAUGUUCGAGGAGGGCUCAUUUCGCCGCCGACCCGGCAGGUUCAGGAGGAAAUGCCAAGCACUGAAGCCUAUGUACAGCAUGAUGAACGGUCUCAGCUUCAACCACCUCCCCAAGAGCUAUGGCUUCCAGGGCUCGGCCGGGGGGCUCUCCUGCCCCCACAGCCUCUUCCUUGAAGGGGGUCUGGGGAUGAUGAAAGGGCACCUGUCCAGCAACGUGGAGGGGAUGGGCUUCGCGGGACACUCUGUACCCCAUCUGCCCUCCAGCGGUGGGCACUCCUACAUGGGUGGCUGCACCGGCUCCUCGGCAGGGGACUACCCGCACAACGAGAGUUCUGUGCCCACCUCCCCGCUGCUUGCCAGCGGCAGUGUGAUGGAGCCUCACUCGGUUUACUCUAGCUCGGCCUCGGCGUGGGCACCCUCUGCCUCGGCGGCCUUGAACACUGGUGCAUCCUACAUCAAGCAGCAGCCCCUCUCACCCUGCAACCACACGGCAAACCCACUCUCCUCCAGCCUUUCCAUGCACUCCCUCGACCAGUCCUACCUGCACCAGAAUAGUCACAACACCCCCGAGCUCCAAGGCAUCCCGUGGUAUCACUCCCAGUCUCUGAGCACGUGUGACAGAAAGGAAUUCGUCUUCUCUUUCAAUGCCAUGGCCUCCUCUUCCAUGCAUUCAUCAGGCAGCGGCUCCUAUUACCACCACCAAGUGACAUACCAGGACAUCAAGCCAUGCGUUAUGUGA